CAGAGUAACGUGUCUGAACGUCUCAGAGUAGAGAAUACUAAGAUUAGAACUUGUUAAUACUGUUCCCACAUUGUCGAAUAAAGUAUUAAUAUAGACUGAAUAUCGACUAGUGAAUUGAAAAUUUGUUCAUAUUCAAUAUCACCAAUUUCAUUCCCAUACUACUAUCAUUGAACACCAUCAUUGGAUACUAGUAUAAAUAGCAACCACGACAGUAUUGCUAUCUUCUCAUAUCAGUAGUUCAUUAUCGCUAUCCUUCGGAUCACUGAUUCUAGCCAGUACAUCAAUUGGUUAUUCACAUUUCCAUCUUCUUCAUUUGUUUGUUGUUUCGUAACUCGUCAUAAUGUUCUCGUCUUCCUUGAGAACCCUUAACCGCUCUGCCGUGCAGAAAAUCAUUGCCGGCUCUGUCGGUGUCACCGGUUUGACUGCCUCGUAUUUGUUGUACCAAGACUCCAUGACAGCUCAAGCCAUGACUGCGGCUGAACACGGCUUGCACGCUCCAGCUUACGGCUGGUCCCACAACGGUAUGUUGGAUGCCUUUGACCACGCCUCCAUCAGAAGAGGCUACCAGGUCUACAGAGAGGUCUGUGCUGCCUGUCACUCGCUUGACAGAAUCGCCUGGAGAAACUUGGUCGCUGUAUCUCACACUUCUUCCGAAGCUAAGGCAUUUGCUGAAGAAUUGGAAUACGACGACGAACCAGAUGACGAAGGUAACCCAAGAAAGAGACCAGGUAAGUUGGCCGACUACCUCCCUGCACCUUACGCCAACGAACAAGCUGCCAGAGCCGCCAACCAAGGUGCUUUGCCUCCAGACUUGUCGUUGAUUGUCAAGGCCAGACACGGAGGAUGUGACUACAUCUUUUCGCUUUUGACCGGUUACCCAGAAGAGCCUCCAGCCGGUGUAGUCUUGCCUCCUGGUGCUAACUACAACCCUUACUUCCCUGGUGGAUCCAUUGCUAUGGGUAGAGUGUUAUUCGAUGGUUUGGUUGAAUACGAAGACGGAACUCCAGCCACCACCUCACAAAUGGCCAAGGAUGUCGUCACUUUCUUGAACUGGGCUUCGGAACCAGAACACGACGACAGAAAGAGAUGGGGUUUGAAGGCUAUUGUCAUCGUUUCAUCCUUGUACUUACUUUCUAUCUGGGUUAAGAGAUUCAAAUGGCAACCAAUCAAGAACAGAAAGAUCAGAUUUGACCCUCCAAAGAAGUAAUCUCUAUCAAUAAAAACCAUUCACCUACAAAUAGCCAAAAGCCGAUGGUCUAUAUAGAACGAUCCAUCUCAUAAAAACUGCUGUGAACUACCAAAAGUUGUAAAUAGCUGCCAGACAUCGAAAGGCAGACGUGGACAAGAAGAUUUGACUGUUAAUAUCCCCAAGUUGAAUACAAGGCAUAAACUUGUAAGUUCACAUGGCAGUUCUUUAAUUGUUGGUGUCGUCUAGCAUCGGCUGUCUGUGUUGUUUGAGACUCAUUUUACAUAUUCUAUUUAUCUUUAUAUCUGCUUUAUAUUCACAGCAUUAUAUGUUAAAACAAUUUGUGUU